AUGUCCGGCAACUCCACCACCGACUCGACCGCCCCGCCCCACCCGAACGGCACUGCCUGCUCCCCCGUCGCCCCCCUGGACAUCCACCUGCAGCACAUCGGGCUGGCCGUGCUGCUCAGCGUCGUCAUUGUCAUCGUCAUCGUCGGCAACACGCUCGUCAUCCUGGCCGUGCUGACGACGCGGCGCCUGCGCACCGUGACCAACUGUUUCGUCAUGUCGCUGGCGGUGGCCGAUUGGCUGUUACUGUACACGGACACAGAUUCAUUGAUAUUGAAGAUAGAAACAGAAAACUUCUACAAUUUCAUGAAGGAAAAUAUAAGCUAUUUCGACACAUCUAAUUAUCCUGCAGAUAAUAAAUUUAAUAUCCCAAUUACAAAAUCCGUAGUAGGAAAUAUGAAGGAUGAAUUCCCGAAUGACCCUAUUGUAAGUUUCUAUGGAACCGGUGCCAAAGCAUACUAUGUUCAAUCUUUGAGCAGCGAAUUGAAGAAAGCAAAGGAUUUGAUACUGGAUAUUGCUGAAAGCUACAUUUAUAUCGAGGGAAAAUUCAUCCCGAACGAUUUAGCAAAAACCUGCCAUCUGUCCAAUAAUGCGCUCGCAUUUCUGUUCGAUGAAAUCCGUUAUGAAAUGGGUGGCGAACAGGUGUGUUUGAUUCGAAAACCGGGCAUUACCACUACAAUGAAAAGUAUGAUAUCUUAUGGUGAGACAAGCACCAAAUUUUUAGACACGGUUGGAUGGGGUCUCGAUGAAAAUAAACAGGUGAUUCUAGAUACACCCAGUCAUACAUUCAGCGGAAAACUACCGCUUAAAUUUUUAAUGGGGUUUGCAGAGGACUAUAAUAAAGGAAUUCUGAAUAUAAAGCAGGAGCUUAUACUCAUCAUAGCACGCUCAUUCAAAAACUCCUAUAUGGGGGAAGUUGAUGCGAAUGUGACGAUCAACAAAAUCGAAUGGAAGAUAAGGCAUGUGAUGCCGUCCGAUAGGCAGAAAUUGAAGUUGUUGAAUCGAUUGAAUAAAAGUUCUACAGCAAAAAUCAAGUUAGCAUACAGGAUGUGGGAUUUGUAUGAGUUACCGGCCAUUCGUGAAACAGCUUCAGAUAUUUGGGCUAUCAAAACAACUAGUAGCCUCGAGCGCCCGCGAUACAUCAUUAUCGGUUUUCAAAGCUCCGAUAAUACAGAUGAUAGAUCCAAGGACGCUACGAAAUUCAUUCACGCAGGAGUGAAUAAUAUUCGCCUUUACUUGAAUUCAGAAGUUUACCCAUAUGAGCGCUGGAAUUUGGAUUUUGACAGAAAGUUAGAUGCUGUGGCUUACUAUGCAUACGAAAAUUUCCAACGUAGUUACUAUGGCAAAGAUAUGGGUGAACCAAUGAUGAGUAUUGAGGAGUUCCGAAAAAAUCCGUUAUUCAUCAUCGACUGCUACCACCAACCCGAUGCGAUGAAAACUUCUACUGUCGACAUCAAAUUGGAGUUUGAAACCCGCGAAACGAAGUUUCCACCAAACACAAAGACUGCAUCAAAAGCCUUGGUCCAUUCUCCUUCCGAAAGUUUAUUAAACAUGAGCUACUCUCUUCACAAUGAGUAUUGUUAUGCUCUUCGAUUUGAAUAUUAUGUACACAUCCUCCUUUUUGUUACUCUCAGUAAUGUAGACUCACCUUUGGACAGUACUUGGGAGCUGGGAUGGGUUUUCUGUGAUAUAUUGCUCUCUCUGGACGUUCUGCUGUGCACGGCUUCCAUUCUCAGUUUGUGCGCUAUCAGCGUCGACAGAUAUUUAGCGGUGACGCAACCGCUGAGGUAUGACGAACCCGGUAGACAUGAAGGCAAAGUUUGCAGAUACAACCGCAACACUGGUUAUGUGAUCUUCUCAGCUUUGGGCUCGUUCUUCAUUCCGAUGGUCGUCAUGUUGUACGUGUAUGUGAGAAUUUCUUGUGUGGUUGCACAAAGACAUGACAAUUUGGGGCACAUCGAUACAGCACAUCCUCGUAAGAAAGCGAAACUAAUUCUCAACGCCAAAGAAGAAUCUGAUCCAGACAGAAUAUCUUCGGAAUGCGAAGAAGCCCACUUGAAAUGUUCCAGGUAUUACCUUCCUGUAGAUGCAUGCAGCCAUUCUCCAGAGCCGCUGAGCCAAAACAGCCAGCACGAUCAACCGAAGAAAACCGUCGUCACUCCCUCCCGCUCGUUGCGCUCCACCAUCAACUACUCCUUCAGCCAGGUCCACGACCCUUUGACCCCCUCCAGGGCCGCCAGCCUGUACAGGGCGACCUUUCCCCUCAGAACCAGGCCAGAGUCCCUUAACCUCGACGCUUCCAUGCUGAACUUCGAACCGUCGUCUAGAGUGUCGUCGUUCAGGAGGGAGACCAAAACGGCGCAGACGCUGAGCAUCGUCAUGGGCGGCUUCAUAGCCUGCUGGCUGCCCUUCUUCAUCUUCUAUCUGUUGACGCCGUUCAUUAACACUAACGAGGUGAACGGUCUCAUCAUGUCGUACUUGACUUGGCUGGGCUGGUUGAACUCGGCUAUCAAUCCGUUUAUUUACGCGUUUUAUAGCCCGGAUUUCCGAAUAGCUUUCUGGAGGUUGACGGUGAAGCAUUUUUCGAAAAAUAGGAGGGCGGAUUUUGCGUCGCAGCAUAAAUAGAGGUAGCACAACCAAUGAGCUGACUUUUUAUAAAAAUUGUAAGAUAGUUGCGUUUUUUUGGGGUGUAGUACUUCGAUCCGAUAUCGUAUGACGGUUUGUAAUCAACUUUCACAUCGAACAACUAAUGGAACAAAAUAGCUCACUGUCGAUAUAAUACAGAUGAUAUAAUGAAAAAUAUAAUAAUAAUUGCAUUUUUUUGUUGCAUGACCAAUUCAUCGAUAUUCAUACCAUCAGUCGACAUAAACACAAUUGAUCUCAUACAAUCUAAA